ACUCACUCUCACGUUUAAACAAUAUUCAAAAACCUAAGAAACCACCACUCACUCAUUCUCACGUUGUAGCUACUCAACUUCAAACACCUAAAAAUCACUUCGUUCUUCUCUUUGUUCAACCGUGUUCUGUUGCCAUCCCCGCAUCUUCGUCGGUGUUCUAUUGCCGCAAUCUCGUCGGAGCCUAUCGUUGUGGUCUUCUUCAUCUUCACACUUCAACUCAGGCUUCUUGCUACCCGAAACAGGAGGUUCAAGGAAAUCACCACCUUUUGCUUUGAUUGCUUGUAGAAAGAAGGUUUUUCAGUCGCAAUUAACACGUAUUAGAACUUGGAAUCGUAGUUCAUUCGGUGGUGAUAGGACUUUCCCUAGGAGCCUCGAGUAACACAUGCUCAAUAAAAGGUUUAGUUGCUGCACUUUGCACUCAUCAAUUGUUUGAAGGCAUGGGUCUUGGUGGUAGCAUUCUUCAGGUAAUUAAAAUACAGUGUCUAGUAGUUACAAAGAGAAUAGUCCAAAAACACUAAUUACUGUUGGAUUGCUUAAUGGAGCAUCAGCUGGUCUUUUAAUUUAUAUGGCUUUUGUUGAUCUUGCUGCUGAUUUCAUGAGUAAGAGGAUGCAGAGUAGUAUUAAACUUCAAUUGAAAUCUUAUAUGGGUGUAUUUCUUGGCGUUGGUGGCAUGUCUCUCAUAGCUAAAUGGGUUUAAUUUAUUUGUGUAAUAGAACCUAUUCUUAGUUAGCAUUGCCUAAAUGUUCUUGUAUUUCUUUAUAUUAGAAAGGGGAGAUUGAUAUUGUGAGGUAGUUUGUUUUACCAUUCUGAUAUAUUCAUAUUUGAAUAAAUAAAUUGAGAUUAAAGUGAUACUUAUCUCUAUUCCUUUCUACAAAUAUAAUGAAACUUGAGGUUAAGAGAGUCUUCCAGAAACUUAUAGACAAAUACUAACAUAGCUACAGAUAUCACAAAAUCUAGAAUUGAAACUAUUGUACAAUUAAUCUAAUCAAGGUUUAAGAACAAUAGCAAUAGCCAGCUCAUUCACAAGUAAUAACACAAGGUGCUUGUUCAAUAGAAGGUUCAGAAGUCACAGAAAAAUCGGUAAAACCCCUGUUAUGUUAACUGCAGGCGCUUCCCCUUUUUUUUUGAAUUGCAAUGUGUUUGGAUUGAAUACAUAUUCCCUUGAUAUGAACUUGAUUGUAUAUGCUGCUGACUUGUGAAUGAAACAUAUGGCUGCCUUGGUUUAAUUUCAUGGUUUAUACAUGUCAUGGUGCUCUUGAGACUAUUAGUUUAUUUGAAAUUAAGACUCUAUUAGCUGAGUUGCUUGUGCCGAUGACCAUUUGUGUAUCAGCAUGAAUCUUUUAGUUGUGUACUUUGGAUAAACUUCUCAACAAUUUCUAGAAAUAGGAAAUAUUUAAAGAAUCUUUGUAGUUUCUUAAACAAUAUUUAUCAUAGAAUCUUCUGCACCUCGAAUGGUUCAGCAUCAAUCGAUCGAAUCUCAAACAUUUCGUCACUAAUCGUUGGAAUGUCAACUGUUUCAACAUUAAUAGUUCCUCUGUGAUGAAAAAACGGUUUUUCAAUUUCACUCUCACUGUGUCGCUGUUUCUCUCUACUGCUACCUUAAACUUUGCAUUUCUCAACUAAAGGUAACCCCUUCCAUCCAUCUCUUUACAAAUAUUAUUCAUUCUUGAUGAUUCUUGAUACAUCAACGGUAUGUGUAGUGAUCUUUUUUAUUAUCUAUGAAAAUUGAUUAGUGUUCAUUGUAAAUAUAACAAUGGACUGGAUUGAACACCCUCUAAGGUUAUUCAAAAUCUAUUGUUAAAAAACUCUACUUAUUUAUUUAUUGAGUGAAUUACUUGAACUUUUAACAAUAAUUAAGUAAUUUAUUUCUUUUUCCAGGCUGCAUAUUGUCAGGUUGUCUCAGACUAUGUCCGUUGUCAGAUUUAUGGAGUUCCUCUAGGUGGAACAAUUGUACAACAACCGUUUGCUAUUGGAGCGUUGUUGAGCUAAUGAACACCAAUGGAGUUUUAGAGUUUAAACCUUAAAGCUAAUAUGGACUCAAAGACUGUUCAAUUGGAAUUUGGAAACUGUUUCUGGUUCCUUUAUCCAAUAUAUCCACUUAUUUGUAUUGCUGCUUCUGCUGUCAUUAAGAGCUUUCCUGAUCUUUUCCGUGACAAGUAUGAUUCAUUUGACACUUCUAUAAUAGUGAAGGUAGCCAAAUUUCUGAGGCUGGUGGUUCUGAGCAUUAUAUUAUAUUCCUCUCAUGCUCGUACAUUUUCUCUGAUUCAUGGUUACUCAGCUCCUAUAGAGAUUUACAAGCUUUUAGAGCACCACGACGAUGUAGCAAAUGAUAUGUUGAUCUGGAAAAUGUUCAGAAUAUUGAAAUUUUCUAGUUGAGAUCUAGGCGAUAACUGAUCCGGUUUACUGUUGAUUCAAGGAAGAAAAAUCCUGUUAAUGUUACUCUUUAGAAGUAUUCAAGAUUACAUGUUCGAUGAAAGUGUUUGCCUCCUACUUCGGGCCAAGUGGUUCAAGCCUUUAGCUGUUGAAGAGCGUCCAGUUGUUGAAGAAGAUAUCUAUGAGAUAGAAGACUAUUAUUAUCAGUAUGAAGAAGCUGAUGAUGAUCUAGAUGACAAUGAGGAUUACUAUGGUGCUUCAGCAAAUGUCCGGCUUGGCAACCGUAGAUGGGGAGACAACGAUUUUGUAAGGGCUGGGCGUCAAGAAGCUCGGCCGGUCCAUCGACCAAGCUUCCAGGAUUCAGGAGCAAGUUCAUCGCGUGAGCCAAAGAAGAAAGAACAAGAGUCUCCAAAAGUUAUGACAGGAAGACGGGCAAUGAGGGCACAGAAAAGGGAAGCUGCUAAUAAGGCAGCUGAAGUGAAGCACCAGAAGCAUUUGGAUAGGUUGGGUAGGAACUAGGAUAUAUUAUUAUAGUAACAAGUUGUUCUAUGAAUUUGAAUUUGUCUUAUCUAAUGGCACCACUAUACACCAAAGAAAAAAAUAUCAUUAUAGUGGAUAAUAUAUAUAUUAACAAGUUGUUCUAUGA